GACAUUCUUUCUCAUUUUGACAAGAAAAUAUGAUCAAUGAGAAGAUGAAGGCAAACAAAAUGAAAGAGAAAAUCUAAUUAGCUCUUAAUGAAGAAGAACAUGAAGAACAAGGCUGAUAAUGAAGAAGAACAUGAAGAACAAGGCUGAUAAUGAAGAAGAAAAAAAUGAGAAUAUCUGCACAAGAGAAGAAGAAAUGAAGAAAAAUGGUUGAGAAAUGAUGAAGAGGAAGAGAGAGAGCUUAGGGUUUUAAAGAAUUAAUCGGAAAUUUUUUUAAAAAUAAAAAUAAUAAUGAGUUAGCUCAUAUAUAGCUGUUACAUAUGUCAAAUGUACGAAAUUUUUUGAAAAAAUUAUGCUUCACACGCAUUUUGGCUUUUGAGGUCGAACAUUUAAUCUAGCCAGCGUUCAGGUGUGGUUUCAUCAGUUCUGGAAUUUCAUUCAUUCACUCUUAUUUGCUUUAUACUGAUGAAACAAAAAAAAAAAAGAAAAAAGAAAAAGAGAAAUAGUUGAGGUGUGUUUUCAUCAGUUCAGGAAUUUCUUUCAUUCACUCUUAUUUGCUUUACUAGUUUCCUCAGCCAGACAGCAACCAGAAAGAUUGCAGGAUUUUAAAUUAGUGAGUUCAAAGUGUACUGAUUUAUCCACUUCUUUGACAGAAGUGUGAACUUAAGUAUAAAUAUUUGUACUUCUUUUUUCAAAAAUAGAUGCUUCAGGCAAACCACUGUGGUAACUUGUAUACAACAUUUCGAGGGUAGCAAAAAGCACCUUUUGCCACAAGGACGAGCACAUGCUACCCUCAAGCUUGCGUCUUAACCCAAACCACCAUUUCCUGCGUGCACUUCGACCACCUGGAGAUAUACGACGUGCCCGCCAACUGUUCGAUGAAAAUCCCGACCCAGAUAUACGAUCCUGGACGCUCUUGAUCACCGCAUAUACUAAAAACGGCUUUCCAGAAGAAGCAUUGAAAGUCUUUGACGAGUUGCGGGAAAAGAAAGUUCUUCCUGAUCAGUUGGCACUGUUAUCAGUAACCAAAGCUUGUGCUACUUUAGCCAACCUGAUAAAAGCAAAAGGGAUUCACAAAGAUGUGAUUAGAUAUGGAUAUCGCGCUGAUUUACUCCUUGGAAAUGCACUUAUUGACAUGUAUGGCAAGUGUAAAUAUGUUCAAGGUGCCAGAGAUGUUUUUGAUGAUUUAAGUGCUAAAGAUGUAAUCACUUGGACGUCGAUGAGUUCGUGUUAUGUUAAUUGUAAACUUCCAAGAGAGGCGAUAAGGACUUUCCGUGAAAUGGGGUUAAAUGGGGUGAGGCCUAAUCCUGUUACAUUGUCUUGUAUACUUCCUGCGUGUUCAGAUUUGAAAAGUUUGAAUUUGGGUAGAGAGAUUCACGGGUAUAUUGUUAGAAAUGGGAUGCAUGAUAAUGUGUAUGUUAGCAGUGCUCUUGUGGACAUGUAUGCUAGUUGUUCAAGUAUCAAACAAGCAGAGUUGGUAUUUAAUAGUACGCGUCAGUUUGACUAUGUUUUAUGCAAUGUCAUUAUGUCAGCAUAUUUCUCAAAUGGGGAAUGUGACAAAGCACUUCGCGUCUUUGAUCAGUUGCGAAAAGGAGGAAAGACACUGAAUCACGAUUCCUGGAAUUCUGUUAUUGGAGGGUGCAUGCAAAGUGGAAGAACAGAUAAGGCCCUUCAAAUACUUAAUGAAAUGCAGCAUUCGGGUGUAAAACCAAAUAAAAUCACGAUCACCAGUGUGUUACCCACUUGUAUAGAUCUAGGAAGCAUAAGAAGAGGUAAGGAGAUUCACGGUUUUCUCCUUCGGCAUUUAUUUUUGGAGGAUGAGACAGUCUCCACUGCGUUGGUAUUCAUGUAUGCUAAAUGUGGUGACCUGGAACUAUCUAAAAGAGUCUUCUGUAUGAUGCCAAAAAAAGAUACUAUUGCUUGGAACACAAUGAUUAUUGGAAAUUCAAUGCAUGGUAAGGGAGAGGAAGCCUUGUUGCUUUUCCGUGAAAUGGUAAGUUCAGGGGUGAAACGCAACUCUGUUACUUUUACUGGGAUCCUAUCAGGUUGCAGCCAUUCACGGCUGGUAGACGAGGGCCUUAUGAUCUUUUACUCAAUGAGCAAAGAGCAUGGAGUUGAACCUGAUGCAGAACAUUAUUCAUGCAUGGUUGAUGCUCUGAGCCGCGCUGGUCGCCUGGAACAGGCAUAUAAUUUCAUCCAAAACAUGCCCAUGAAAACAAGUGCUGGUGCUUGGGGAGCAUUGCUUGGUGCAUGUAGAGUAUAUAAGAACGUGGAAAUGGCACGAGCUGCUGGAAAACAACUAUUGGAGAUUGAGCCAGAAAAUGCUGGGAACUAUGUUUUAUUGUCCAAUAUCUAUGAAGCUGCCAAACUACGAGAGGAGGCCUCAGAAAUUAGAAAAUUGAUGAGAGAAAGAGGAAUUAUGAAAGUUCCUGGUUGUAGUUGGAUUCAAGUGAAAGGCAAAGUGCAUACUUUUGUUGUUGGUGACAAGGGUAAUGCUCAGACUGCAGAAAUUUACAGCUUUUUGACUGAAAUAGGCGAGAAGAUGAGGUUAGCGGGGUAUUUACCCUGUACAGACUUUGUUGGCCAAGAUCUUGAUGCAGAGGAGAAGGAAUACAGUUUGUGCAAUCAUAGCGAGAGGCUUGCUGUUGCCUUUGGGAUUCUUAAUUUGGAUGGUGCAUCAUCCAUUAGGGUGUUCAAAAACUUGAGAAUAUGUGGAGAUUGCCAUAAUGCCAUCAAAUAUAUGGCCAAGAUUGUUGGGGUGCAGAUCAUUGUGAGAGAUCCUCUAAGGUUUCACCAUUUUAAGGAUGGGUUAUGCUCCUGUAGUGAUUUUUGGUGAAAUUACAAAUGCCACCAAGUAUUAAACUUGAUAAGGUGCAAAUGUAAUUAAUUCUUAAGUGAUACUUGGGGGAUCUAAGCUGAUAAUACUACGAAGAAGAUUUUUUUUUUCUUUUCUCCAAGAAGUCUGAAGAUGUCAUCAUGCUUAUUGGUGCAACUAAUGAUAUAGAAGAUUUUGCUGGCACUAGCUCCGUGACAUAUACUCAGCACAAAGGUUCUAUGGCUUAGGGCCGUAUGCAAAAAUGUAACAAUUCUAUGCUAACCACCUUUAGGCACCUCAUUAUAUGUCUAAAGAUUGUCCUUUCAGAGUGGCUAAGUCCUAAGCAAAAAAAGGAAGGUGCUAUUGCCGGUUUGAUACCUGGGACUAGAAUACGAAUUGUAUAUGGUUGGCAGUCAAUAUUGAAAACAAUAAUAUGAUUGUUACUUCAUAGGAACUUAACCCAAGGAAGAGUAAGCAUUUAUAUUGGCUCCUUUGUCCAUUUCUCUUGAUCAAUUGAUUUUUCUC